AUGGGCAUUUUGAGUGGGUGGUCAUGCCUUUUGGCCUCACCAACGCCCCGACGACCUUCCAAGCGGCAAUGACCAACGAGUUUCGUGCGAUGUUGGACCGGUUCGUGCUGGUCUACUUAGACAACAUUCUCAUCUAUAGCCGGUCAUUGGAGAAUCAUCUUGAGCAUCUUCGACGAGUGUUGGAGACGCUCCGCGGCGCCAAGUACAAGGCCAACCGCGACAAGUGCGAAUUUGUCCAGCAAGAGCUGGAAUACUUGGGCCAUUUUGUCACACCAGAGGGCAUCAGUCUGCUAUCGGACAAGAUUCAAGCUAUCCAAGAGUGGCCAGAGCCGCGGAACGUCACGGAUUUCCAUUCGUUCCUUGGCCUUGGCGGCUACUACCAACGUUUUAUCAAGGGAUACUCGAAAAUCGCGGCCCACUUGACCAAGCUUCAAUGCGAGGAUCGACCGUUUGACUUCGGAGAGGAUGAGCGGGAAUCAUUUUUGGCUCUCAAAGCCGCGCUAUUAUCUGCGGAGGUCUUGCGCAUAUACGACCCGCUAUUGCAAACGCGCGUCACUACGAAUGCGUCCGGCUAUGGCAUUGGUGCCGUCCUCGAGCAAUACGAUGGCGUGGACUUGCACCCAAGCGAGUACUUCAACAAGAAAGUGCUCGUCGUACAUUCCAUUGAUGAUGCACGCAAGAAGGAGCUCCUCGCCUUCGUCCACGCGCUCAAGCGAUGGUGGCACUUCCUCUUGGGUCGAAGUCAAUUCCGAUGGGUAGCGGACACACGCUCAUCGACCAGUUCGACUUCUUUCUCGAUCACAUUCCGGGGAAGUCGAACCAUUUUGCGGAUGCUCUUUCACAGCGUCCGGAUCAUUGUACCGCGGUCUAUUCAACCUUCGAGAUCGACAACUACCUGCGGGACAGCUUCAUCCGCGGCUACCAAGCCGACCCCGAGUUUCACGACAAGUACGCGAAUUGCUCCUCUCCUAAUCCGGCACCUUCUCACUACCGGAUCCAAGAGGGGUACUUGCUUGUUCACACACGGGGGAAGGACCUUCUUUGCGUACCAAGUGACCCUCACUUGCGUACAUGGCUUCUUGGCAAGUUCCACGAUGCUCCCGCCACCGGACACUUUGGAGUCAAUAGCACGAUUGGCCGACUUCGCGAGCGAUUUUGGUGGCCCGGCCUCUCGGCGACGUCACACGCUAUUGCGAGUCAUGCGAGGUUUGCCGAUGCUGCAAAUCCCGCAACCAUCGUCCAUACGGCGAGUUGCGACCAUUACCAGUCCCUUUGCGGUGAAGUGAAGCGAUUGCCAUGGACAUUACCGGCCCGUUCCCCAAGCACAAG